CAAAUUUCCAGUCGGUGUCAUCUAUCUGCGUCGCGUUCUACCUAUCGUGUCAUGUAUUGAACCAAUAUAGAAUUGCUCUGCAUUAAAAUGCCGGUUUCAAAACUUCUUAGGAUUCUACCACAUCUCUUGAGCUUGGGUAUGUUAUCGGCCCAGGCCCAACCGGUGUCUCAACCAAAUGUUCUGCUGAUCAUGCUGGACGACUUCCGGCCCGCGAUCAAAGCCUUUGGAGACGUAAACGCCAUUACGCCGAACAUUGAUCGGCUCGCCCAGAAGGGAUACUACUUUACGAACGUUUUUGCUCAGCAAUCGAUUUGUGCGCCGAGUAGAAAUUCUUUGCUCACCGGAAGGCGACCCGAUACGACCAAGUUGUACGAUUUCUACAGCUAUUGGAGAGAAUUUGCGGGCAAUUUUACUACUAUUCCUCAGUAUUUUAAGGAAAAUGGCUACAGCACGCAAUCUAUUGGAAAGAUAUUCCAUCCGGGUGUUUCGUCAAACUAUUCGGAUGAUUAUCCGCUGAGUUGGAGCUACGUACCGUACCACGCACCAACGGCGGAGUUUAUGAACAAGCCAGUUUGCAUAGACAAGGCAACGGGGAAGUUGAAGAAGAAUCUGCUUUGUCCAGUUGUGCUGGAGUUACAACCUCAAGGAACACUUCCGGACAUCCAGAGCACGGCAGAAGCUAGAACGUUUCUCAAAGCCAAAAGAAAUUCAAGUCAACCGUUCUUCCUGGCCGUCGGUUACCACAAACCGCACGUUCCCUUCCGGAUUCCAGAGCGUUAUCUGGAUCUUCACGAUGUCAAUAAGUUCAAAACGCUAGAUCUGGACUACCCUCCCCAUGGACUUCCGUCGGUCGCGUGGAAUGCCUACCAGGAACUUAGAAGUCGGGACGACAUCAAAGAGCUGAACGUAAGCUUCCCUUUCGGCCCGAUUCCGGACGAAACCAAGGUCAAAAUCCGUCAACAUUACUACGCAGCAGUUACGUACGUGGACGAACUCAUUGGAAAACUCUUAGCGGAGGUCAACUUUUACAACACGGUCAUCGUGCUGACGUCGGACCACGGUUGGUCCCUCGGGGAACAUGCCGAGUGGUCAAAGUUCAGCAACUAUGACGUGGCGCUGAACGUUCCGCUGAUAGUGUACAGUCCGGACAUCGCAACACGGCCCAACAAUAAGAUUAGUCGGGUGGGCGAAUUGCUCGACCUGUUUCCGACGCUGGUUGAGCUGGCCGGAUUGCCACCGGUAGAGCGGUGUGAAGAUGCUAGUAACAAGGACACGUGCGUUGAGGGGAAAUCCCUUUUGCCUUUUAUUGGAGGAGGUUCAACAUCGGCAGAUGCGUCGUUGGAUGAGGCUUUUAGUCAAUAUCCGAGGCCGGGAACGUACCCGACAGUUUAUCCAAACUCGGAUAAGCCAAAGUUGUACCAAAUACAGAUUAUGGGAUAUACAAUGAGGACGGAGCGCUUCCGGUAUACGGCGUGGAUCGGGUUUGAUCCAGCCACAUUUAAGAGAGAUUGGUCUCAACUGUACGGAGAGGAACUGUACGACCACAGCAUCGAUCCAAAAGAGAACCUAAACCUGCUAGAUCGACCGCAGCUUGGCGAGGUAAAGUCUUGGUUGAAAUUGCGAUUACAGCAGAAAUUUCCCUAGAGUUUCAACAGACGAAUAAGUAUGAUGGAAUCUUCAAAACCGGUUACGAUAUACA